GAUUGCACAUUGAGGUCGGUGGGCACAGCUGAGCUAAAUUUAAUUGACCUCAACUGCCUUUUCUUUCGUUUGUCCAAUUAUCAAAAAAAAAAAAAAAAAAGUCUCUCCUUUCGUUUAUUUUUCUUCUUCCGCGUUGUCUUGUCUGAGGCUUCACACUUGAGAGCAUUAUGGUUAUUCUAUAUAAUUUUAAUUAAUUAAUUAAUUAAGAGAGAGAGAGAGAGAGAGAGAGAGAGAGAGCAAAAGCAAUCGGAAUUCGUCGGAGGAGAGAUCAUCCUGAAUCUGGGAGUGGAAGCAAAACAUGGACCAAGACGACAUCAACCAUGUCAAUACAAACGACAGAGACAGAGACAGUAAUGACAACGGAAUAAAUGAUCAUGAAACCAAUAACAGAAGCAGCAUCGUCGUCGUGGGCUCCGACUUCAAUGAAAUCGAGAAGAGUAAAGUUGCCAUUUUGAAAGCUCUCCUCCAAAGAGAAGACCCUUCUUCGUCCCAGGAAGUGGAUGAUUAUGAGCUAAGACGGUUCCUGAGAGCGAGGGACAUGGACAUAGAGAAGGCAUCAAACAUGUUCCUAAAGUACAGGAGCUGGAAGAAGUCGUUUAUGCCGAACGGCUCCAUCUCCGCCUCGGAAAUCCCACAACAAAUCUCUCACGACAAACUCUUUAUGCAAGGCUUCGACAAGCAAGGCCGUCCCAUUGUUGUCGUUUUUGGUGCCCGGCACAAGCCCGGCAAAGUCGACGACUUCAGACGUAUCCUUCACCUAUUAUCCAUGAUGGUUUGCAAAUGUUCCAGAAUUCCAAGAAGCGAGGAAAAGUUUACAUCCAUUGCAGAUCUUCAAGGAUGGGGAUAUUCUAACAGUGACAUUCGAGGAUACCUAGCAGCUCUUUCAAUUUUGCAGGAUUGCUACCCUGAAAGGCUUGGCAAGUUAUUUAUAGUUCAUUCGCCUUAUAUAUUCAUGACUGCUUGGAAGAUGAUCUACCCAUUUAUAGACAGCAAUACCAAAAAGAAGAUAAUGUUUGUGGAGAACAAAAAGCUCAAGUCCACUCUGCUAAGCGAAAUUGAUGAGAGCCAACUCCCGGAACCAUAUGGAGGCAAACUACCAUUAGUUCCCAUCCAAGACUGUUGACCUCUUCAAUCGGUUCUUUUCCUUUUUUCCCCACCUUUUUUUUUUUUUUUUUCAAUUAGUAGGCGUACAUUAUAACACUAUAUAACAGUGAGAGGACAAAGUUGGUUCCAAAAGGGCAUAUAUUAUUUGGUUCGAAAGGGCCUAUAUUAUCUGUCACACCACAGUUUGAGAUCAUAGAUUAAUUAUUAUUUGUAGGAUUUUUUCCCUGCAGUGGAAACAAUUUGAGUUACUGAUCCAUGUAAAUCUUACAUUUCUCGUCAGCAAAACACAUGUUGAAAUUUUCA